GCGUCUCCCUCUGACAUGCGGGCUUCAGCCGUCGGCGUGCCUCUGUCCCGGGCAAGGUGGCCGGAGCCGCGCAGGCGGCCGGGCUGCGGGUGGGAGGACCCCGGGCCGCGACCCCGGGCGGCUGCGGAGCGGAAGCCGCGGGGCGGAACGGCCGCGCGUCGCUCGCGGGUGUCGGGGGGCCGCUUAGCGGGCGGACCGCGGCGGCGGCGGCGGCGGCGGCGGCGGCGGCGGCGGCGGCAUGGCGGCAUGGCGGCGGGUGAACGUGAACGUGGGCGUGCUGGGCCACAUAGACAGCGGCAAGACGGCGCUGGCGCGGGCGCUGAGCACCACGGCCUCCACGGCCGCCUUCGACAAGCAGCCGCAGAGCCGCGAGCGCGGCGUCACGCUGGACCUGGGCUUCUCGUGCUUCUCGGUGCCGCUGCCCGAGCGCCUCCGGCCGGCGCUGCCCGGCUGCCCGUCCCCCGAGCCCGGCGCGGCGCGGCUGCAGGUCACGCUGGUCGACUGCCCGGGCCACGCGUCCCUCAUCCGGACCAUCAUCGGCGGUUCCGAGGAGCACCCAUUAUCCCUGUGGCGGCCAAGCCUGGGGGACCAGAGGCCCCCGAAACAGAAGCUCCCCAAGGCAUCCCAGAGCUCAUCGAGCUCCUGACGUCCCAGAUUCCCAUCCCAACGAGAGACCCCUCGGGACCUUUCCUCAUGUCGGUGGACCACUGUUUCUCCAUCAAAGGCCAAGGCACUGUGAUGACAGGGACCAUCCUCUCGGGCUCCAUCAGCCUCGGCGACAGUGUGGAGAUCCCUGCCCUCAAGGUGGUGAAGAAGGUCAAGUCCAUGCAGAUGUUCCACCUGCCCGUCACCUCAGCCAUGCAGGGGGACCGGCUCGGCAUCUGUGUCACCCAGUUCGACCCCAAGCUGCUGGAACGGGGCCUGGUGUGCACGCCCGAGUCCCUACACACCAUCCACGCCGCCAUCAUCUCCGUGGAGAAGAUCUCCUACUUCCGGGGCCCCCUGCAGACCAAGGCCAAGUUCCACAUCACGGUGGGCCACGAGACUGUCAUGGGCCGGCUCAUGUUCUUCAGCCCUACGCCCGACAGCUCUGACCGGGCACCUGUGCUGGACUCCUUUGACUUCUCACGGGAAUACCUCUUCCAGGAUCAGUACCUCUGUCGGGACUCAGCGUCGGCAGGGCCAGACAACAGGGAGGCCGACGGGAAGGGGGGCCAGACCCCAGACAGUGGCUGGCCCCGGCAGCAGUGGGCCCUGGUGGAGUUUGAGAAGCCCGUCACCUGCCCUCGGCUGUGCCUGGUCAUCGGCUCCAGGCUGGAUGCAGACAUCCACGCCAACACGUGCCGCCUGGCCUUCCACGGCGUCCUGCUGCACGGGCUGGAGGACAGGAACUACACCGAGAGCUUCCUGCCCAGGCUCAGGGUGUACAAACGGAAGCAGAAGCACGGCCUGGUGGAGCGGGUAAUGGACGACUACAACGUGAUCGGCCGCUCCCUCUUCAAAAAGGAGACCAACAUCCAGCUCUUCGCGGGGCUUAAGGUGCACCUGUCCACCGGGGAGCUGGGGGUCAUCGACGGCGCCUUCGGCCAGAGUGGGAAGUUCAAGGUCCACAUCCCAGGAGGCCUCAGCCCUGAGUCUAAGAAGCUCCUGACACCUGCCGUGAAGAAGCGAGGCCGCGGUGGCCGUGGGGAGACCGCCAGCCAGGAGGAGGGCGCCCCUGAGCGGCAGGAGCCCAGCCAGCACGUAUCACUCAGCCUGUCCUUCAAGCGCUACGUCUUUGAUACCCACAAGCGUAUGGUCCAGUCCCCGUGACGGCCGCCCUGCCCCAGCCACUCUGCCAACACCCCACCACAUGUGCCUCAGCCCUUCUGUGUCGCCUUGUGGGCAGCAGGCCCCUGGGGGACAGUCACUGGAGCCGGAAGCCACUGUCCCUCCGCCCUGCCCCUUCCUGCCCAGCCCCGCUAGAAAGAGGCUUGGCCUGCUAGCGGUGUCCCUAAGGCCAGUCUUGUCUGUCUCCAGGCCACUGGUGACUGAAGCUGCAAAUAAAUGUCCUUGGCCCCACGGA